AUGGAGACAAGCAGGCAAUCUGGUUCAGGCCCGCUGCCGAUACGCUGCAUCAACCACGUUUCAAUCAAGUGCACCUCAGUGCAGACAUCUCUCGAGUUUUAUUCACGCGUCUUAGGCUUUCAGCCUGUAAAGCGUCCCGAAAAGUCUCUUAGCUUCGACGGUGCAUGGUUAUUUAAUUAUGGAAUCGGACUCCACCUUCUAGGCGAGAGCGGCUGCCCUCCGAUGCCACGAACCCUUACCCCUCGAGAUAAUCACAUCGCGUUUCAGUCGGACAAUCUUUCCGAAGUUGAGAGGAAGCUGAACGCCUUGGCGAUCUCGUUCGUGAAGCAGCAGGUGGAGGAGGACGGGAUAGUGGUCGAUCAGAUCUUCUUUUUCGACCCUGACAACUACAUGAUCGAGAUCUGCAACUGCGACCUCCUUCCCAUCGUACCCAUUGACCCCUUUGAGCUGUCCACGUCAGCUUCGCCUUCUCAACAGUUCAAACAUCAGGAGCUUCCAAGAAGGGUUUCAGGUACCCCGCCUCUAAGACUAUCUGCUGGCUGUGUUCCUGAAAGUGCCACUGCUGCUGUUGCCCCAAGCCCAUCGGGGAUCCUUGUGCAAUCUGGAACCAUGCCGCUCUGUGUAUAG